AUGCACCGAAUGAUCCACACAGGGGAAAAGCCUUAUAAGUGCACCGAAUGUGACAAAUGCUUCACCGGCUCGGGGGCCCUUGUUUGCCACAAAAGGACCCACACCGGAGAGAAACCAUACGAAUGCAAGGAAUGUGGAAAAGGCUUUGCGUGUGGAAAGAGCUUUAGUGAUCCUCACGAACUUGUUUCCCAUGAAAGGAUCCACACUGGGGAAAAACCCUAUAAGUGUGUAGUGUGUGGAAGGGGCUUUAGGACCUCCCGUGACUGUGGUUCCCACAAGCGGACCCACACAGGUGAAAAGCCAUACCAAUGUGGGGAGUGUGGAAAAUGCUUUAGUCAAAAUUCCUCCCUUCAUAUGCAUAGAAGAAUUCACUCAGGAGAGAAACCAUAUAAGUGUAUGGAGUGUGGAAAAUGCUACAGUCGUAGUGGUGCUUUUAAUUACCAUAGGAGGACACAUACUG